AUGAUUAGUCAAACAAUUUCAAAAAUUCUGAAUACGAACAAUUUAAAUCUUGCUGAAAGUGCAGUUUAAUUAGAAAAAGCAGGUCAUUCAAUUUUUAAUAUCUUGUAGGCAUUCAAAACGUCUUUAAUUAUUUAUCUAAGUCAGAUAUCACAAAAAUAGUGUUCCCUGAGUAAGUAAUAAAGCUAUUAUGUGUAUUUCACUUCAUGAUACAAAAAAAUACCCUCGAUGUGCAAGUAUUUUAGGAAUGUAAUAUCUUUUGGAUCACAAAUGUCUUGAAUAAUAGUUUUAUAAUGGAAAGGUUAUCAACAGAAAUGAGUUCUUCUAGUACUUUUGCAAGAAGUAGUUAAUUCUCCUCCUUGAGAUCAUCUCAAUAACAGACAGAUAUGAAUCAUCCUCACUUUCAAACGGAGUCAAAGUAAUAAAGACUCCACUCCAAAAGAAUGGAUUGCUUUUAGAGCUACUCAGAGAAAUAAUAAACUGAGAGACACAUAAUAAGAGAACCUCUAUCCUAUUAAUCCAUGUUACAAUUAUACUACACAUAUUUGAAACGAGUAUGUCAUUAUUAGUAAAGUGGAAUUCCCAUAAUUGAAUUGUAUGUAAUUUAAAACAUCUGUUCGAUGGGCUUGCGUAUAAUUGAGGGAUAGAAGUGUCCAAAGUUGGAUUUCUGCUUUCAACUUAUACUGAAAGAUCUUGAGCAAUUCUAAAGUCAAUAGAUUGAUUAUUUGAAAGAAUUGAUAAUUGAUUUAAGAAGCCAGAAUAAUGAAUAGAUGUUUGACUUAUUUGAGAUCUACAAAUUGUUAUGUUUGAAUGGUAAGCAAAUCAAAUUUUUUGGAAUGUUGAAUAAACUAACUAUUAAUCAAUAAAAACUCAAGAACUUCAAAAAGGAAUGUAAAGAAUUUGUAAUAGAAUGUAAAUAACAUUUAAGAAAAGUAAAACUCCAGUAAAAUCAGGAUAGAUUGAGUGUGUCUGAAUUUAAAACAGAUAAUUUCUUUGAAUAUGAAAGAAAAUAAGUGUACAACAAUUAUUGA